AAUAUUGUAGCGAUUUAUUCCUAAAACAAUAUGAGUUUGUGGGUAGACAAACACAGACCUUCGUCAUUGAAUAAACUUGAUUACCAUAAAGAUCAAGCAACUCUCUUAAAGAAACUGGUUAAUGGAGGUGAUUUUCCUCACCUGUUGGUCUAUGGACCCUCAGGAGCAGGUAAGAAGACACGCAUCAUGUGUCUUCUGAGAGAGUUGUAUGGAUCAGGAGUAGAAAAACUUAGAAUUGAACAACACAAUUUCACAACCCCAUCCAACAAAAAGAUUGAAAUCUCUACCAUCUCCAGUAAUUACCACAUUGAAGUCAAUCCCAGUGAUGUAGGAAUACAGGACAGGGUUGUUAUUCAAGAACUAAUCAAGACCGUGGCACAAACAAAUAAUUUGGAUUCUUCACAGAAAGAUUUUAAAGUUGUUCUCUUGACUGAGGUUGAUAAGCUGACAAAGGAUGCCCAGCAUGCUCUUCGUCGUACCAUGGAGAAGUACAUGUCAACCUGCAGGCUGAUCCUGUGCUGUGUGUCCACAAGUAAAGUCAUUCCAGCCAUUAGAAGCAGGUGCUUGGGAAUCAGGGUUGCAGCUCCAAGUAUUGAUGAGAUAACCCAAAUUCUGCAGACAGUUUGUAAAAAAGAAGGAUGUCCAAUACCAACAGAGUUAGCUAAGAGGGUGGCAGAGAAAAGCAAAAGGAAUCUCAGGAGAGCACUGCUGAUGGCCGAAGCUUGCAAAGUGCAACAAACUCCAUUAAAACCAGACCAGGAGGUUUCAGAGCCAGACUGGGAAGUUUAUCUGAGAGAAACAGCAAACAUGAUUAUACAGCAACAAUCUCCUCGGCGACUGUUGGAGGUCAGGGGUCGCCUCUAUGAACUUCUCACCCACUGCAUACCUGCCGACAUCAUAAUGAAGGGAUUGCUUCAAGAAUUGAUCAAUAACUGUGACGGAGAACUAAAAACAGAGGUGGUGCAAUCUGCUGCAUUUUUCCAGCACCGUCUUCAGCUAGGACAGAAGGCAAUCUACCACCUUGAGGCAUUCGUGGCCAAAUUCAUGGCCAUUUAUAAAAGAUUUAUGGAAGAGAACAUUGCUGACCUUUUCUAAGUACAGUAUUUGCAAUAUAAAAACUUGUAAUAUAUGACAUGUUGUAUAGAUGCUGGUGAACAAAUAAUAAAUAAAAGAUUUUCACCUUAUAA